ACCUUCCUCUCCCUUUAAAAAUAAACAAAAUCUCUCCCACCAACCCCUCCAUUAUAUCUAACCCCUUUUCUCCUUCCAUUUUCCUCAGUUAUUUACGCCGCCUCCCGAAAAUGGAAGCCUCCACUGCUCUUUCUCGUAUAGGCUUAGCCGGCUUAGCGGUCAUGGGCCAAAACCUCGCUCUAAACGUCGCCGAAAAAGGCUUCCCAAUCUCCGUCUACAACCGUACCACUUCCAAAGUCGACGAAACCGUCAAACGCGCCGAAGAUGAAGGCCAACUCCCGCUCUUCGGCCAGUACUCCCCUCGGGAAUUUGUUCUCUCAAUCCAACGGCCCAGAUCUGUCGUCAUCUUAGUCAAAGCUGGCGCACCCGUCGACCAAACUAUAGCCGCUUUAUCCGACCAUAUGGAGCCCGGUGACUGCAUCAUCGAUGGUGGUAACGAGUGGUACGAGAACACCGAGAGAAGGAUGCAAGAGGUUUCGAAUAAGGGUCUUCUUUAUCUCGGUAUGGGUGUUUCCGGGGGUGAAGAGGGAGCCCGAUAUGGCCCGUCGUUAAUGCCCGGCGGAUCUCACCAAGCGUAUACAAAUAUCAAAGACAUACUCGAGAAAGUGGCGGCGCAAGUAGAAGAUGGACCCUGCGUUACUUACAUUGGCGAAGGCGGAUCAGGUAAUUUCGUUAAAAUGAUUCAUAAUGGAAUCGAAUACGGUGAUAUGCAGUUGAUUUCUGAAGCUUAUGAUGUGCUUAAACAUGUUGGGGGACUUUCGAAUGAUGAAUUAGCGCAGAUUUUCGCCGAAUGGAAUCGGGGAGAGCUUGAGAGUUUCUUAAUUGAGAUAACUUCUGAUAUUUUUAGAGUUAAGGAUGAUUUGGGAGAUGGGUAUUUGGUAGAUAAGAUUUUGGAUAAGACUGGGAUGAAAGGUACUGGGAAAUGGACAGUGCAGCAAGCUGCUGAGUUGUCUGUUGCUGCCCCUACAAUCGCAGCGUCAUUGGAUUGUAGGUAUUUGAGCGGGUUAAAGGAGGAGAGGGAAAAUGCAAGUGAGGUUUUGAAACAAGCUGGGUUGAAAGAGGAAGCUGGGAGUUUAGCUCAGGGGAUUGAUAAGAAAAGAUUGAUUGAUGAUGUUAGGCAAGCUUUAUACGCCUCGAAGAUAUGUAGUUAUGCUCAAGGGAUGAAUUUGUUGAGAGCCAAGAGUCUUGAAAAAGGGUGGAAGUUGAACUUGGGAGAGUUGGCUAGGAUUUGGAAAGGUGGGUGUAUCAUUAGGGCUGUGUUUUUGGAUAGGAUCAAGAAGGCUUACCAAAGGAACCCCGAUUUAGCUAGCUUGCUUGUGGACCCGGAGUUUGCUCUGGAGAUGGUUCAGAGGCAGCCUGCUUGGAGGAGAGUUGUGGGGUUGGCUAUCUCUGCUGGGAUCAGCACACCAGGAAUGUGUGCUAGCCUUUCUUAUUUCGAUACCUAUAGGCGUGCAAGGCUCCCGGCAAAUCUUGUGCAGGCACAGAGGGACUUGUUCGGGGCACACACCUAUGAGAGGACUGAUCGUCCAGGGUCAUUCCAUACGGAGUGGAAAAAGGUUGCACACGGUGUUGGUGCGCUCAAUUGAGCUUUCCUAGUUUUCUUGUUUGUUUCAAUUGAGCGUUGGUUGUGUUUCUAUGUUGGAAUAGGAUUCUACAAUAGCAUUGCUAUGAUAGUUCAAUCUUGCAGCUUUCUUUUUCUUCUAAUAUAAAUGCCUACCUCGGCAUUGCCCAUUCUGGUAAAGCUUUGUAUUCCUGUUAUACUGGCAAGUUUAAACAAGAAAUGAUGACGUGAAUAAUAAUUGCAAAUUU